AUGAGGCUUAGCUCUUCCGACUGUCCAUUUCUCACUAUUCGGCAUUGGACGCUGGUGAAACUCAGCAAUACAAAUAUCGCAUAUGGUAAUUUACUGUUUGAAAAAUUCGUCGCUAUUCUGAAUUUCCGCUUUGUUUUCAGCGAUCAUUUGUUUCAACAGUCAGCGGGUCACUUCGCAUGUUUAACGCGUGAAAACGGUUUCAGAAUAGCACCGAGGGAUGUGAAUCUUGCGAAUUUAGUGUUGCUAUGGUGGUUCAUUGUCUCAACACUUCUGCCUUUCACGCUCUGA